AAACCCAGAGAAAGAAAACCUCAAAAUCUUGUUUUAGGGUUUUACCAGAAAACCACAAACCGUCCCCUGCGUCGGUGUAGAACUCCGCCGCUGCCUUCUCCGUCGCCGCCUCUUUGUCUCUGCCUUCUGCGCUGAUUUCUUCGUCCUUGUCAUAAGAAAAAAAUUGGUGUUGAUUGAAAGAUUUUGCAAUGAGGUUGGAAAAAUGCUGGUUUUGUUCAUCUACUGUAUAUCCAGGACAUGGUAUCCAGUUUGUGAGAAAUGAUGCAAAGAUCUUUAGAUUUUGUCGAUCAAAAUGCCACAAGAACUUUAAAAUGAAGAGGAAUCCUCGCAAGGUGAAAUGGACCAAAGCUUAUAGGCGUUUACAUGGCAAGGACAUGACUCAGGAUUCGACAUUUGAAUUUGAGAGGAAACGCAACAGGCCAGAGAGGUAUGACAGAAACCUCACAGAGAACACACUCAAGGCAAUCAAGACAAUUGACAAAGUCAGAUUCCGUAGGGAGGAGACUCACCAUAAGAAUAGGAUGAAGGGUAAGGCUGCAAAGGAAAGAAAGGAGGCUAGAAAGGAACAUGAUGAGCAACUCCACAUGGUCAAAGCUCCUGGUGCAAAAGAGUCAACUGCCAUACCAGCUUCAAAGGUCAAAGUCAAUGUUCAACAUGAAUCUGCUGAUAAUCGGAUGGAAGAAUGAUAUGUCAUAUGCUGUUGUGCUUUUUAUGUUUUUGCAUUGUAAACACCCUUACAUUAUUCAAGUAGUUGAAUCUUUGAAACAAUUGGAGUUCAUCUCUCAAGUUUUGACAUAUGAUUUAUUUGGUGUCUUGAUAUGAA